AUGUCUUGGAUACAGAUACCAUGGAGUUGGGUUGUGACCCUAAUAGUGACAUAUUUGUCUCUGCCAUUAAUUAUUUACUAUUUGGUGCCAUAUAUCUUUUAUGGGAAUAAGUCUUCAAAAAAGAGGAUCAUCAUCUAUGUGCUUGGAGAUAUAGGCCAUUCACCAAGAAUGUGCUACCAUGCCAGAAGUUUUAGUGAGAAAGGCUGGCAAGUUGAGUUAUGUGGAUAUGUGGAAGAGCAAGUUCCUGGUUUUAUUGCAGAAGAUCCCAAUAUUAUUGUCCACGCUCUUCCAACGCUGACGCUACAAGGAAACAAGAGAUCAAUAAUAUUUUUGGUAAAGAAAGUAUUGUUCCAAGUUUCUGCUAUCAUUGCUCAAUUAUGGGAGCUUAGGGGCAGUAAUUAUAUGUUAAUUCAGAACCCACCAUCGAUUCCGAUUUUACCAAUUGCUGUUUUCUAUCGUUUGAGUGGUUGUAAACUUAUCAUUGAUUGGCACAACUUGGCAUAUUCCAUUAUGCAAUUGAAAUUUAAUGGAAACUUUUAUCACCCCGUUGUACUUGCCUCAUAUGUCAUAGAGUAUAUUUUUGGCAAGUUUGCUACUUAUAAUUUAACGGUCACUGAGGCCAUGAAAGAAUAUUUAGUCAACAGUUUUGGCUUGAAUCCAAAAAGGUGUGUGGUGCUAUAUGAUAGACCUGCGACACAAUUUAAACCACUCACUGAAAGUGAAUCCCGCACAAAGUUACUAGACUCUGAGUUCAUCAGAGAUAUGAUCCCUGAGGGAUUCAAUGUAGAGAAGGGAGACAAGAUAAUAGUCACUUCUACCUCGUUCACUCCAGAUGAAGAUAUUAGUAUACUGAUUGGUGCGUUGAAAAUCUACGACAACUCUUAUGAGAAUCUUGAUAAAAGCCUUCCAAAGAUUCUCUGUUUUGUUACAGGAAAGGGCCCCAUGAAGGAAAGAUAUGUUAAAGAUGUAGAAGAGCAUGAUUGGCAGCAUGUGUAUGUUAAGUUUGUCUGGCUGAAAUCGGAGGAUUACCCUCGCUUGCUCCAGCUGUGUGAUUAUGGUGUCUCUUUACAUAAGUCCAGUUCUGGCCUCGACUUACCUAUGAAAAUACUUGAUAUGUAUGGCUCGGGUAUACCUGUAAUAGCAUAUAACUACCCUGUGCUUGGAGAAUUGGUUAAAUACAACGAGAAUGGUUUGAAAUUCCUGGACAGAAGAGAACUACACGAGUCAUUGAUCUUUGCCAUGAAGGACCCAGAACUUUACAAGAAAUUGAAGCAGGGGGCUUUAAAAGAGUCCCAAAUUAGAUGGAACUCGAGCUGGCAGUCUGCCAUGCAAGAAUUAAAGCUCGUCGCUUAA